GGCCAGCCCGCGCCUCACAAGCUCCGAAGCAGCGGCGGCGGCGGCGGCGGCGGUGGCGCGAGGUCCGCAGAUCCCCGGGGCGCAACGUGCCCGGCCCGAGGCGCCGCGGCUGGAUGCGCGCCCCGGGUAGCCGCGGGCUCCCGCGGGGGGCGCCCCGGACGCUCCGGUGCGCCUCCAGACUGCGGGCGCCGCGACCGCCGAGCCGAGAGCUGCUCCCGCCGGCCCCUUCCCCCUCCCGCCCCCGCCACCGCCCCCUCCCCCUCCCCCCGUUAACAUCUCCUCCCUCCCCUCUCCUCUUCCUUCCCUCGGCCCCGCGCGCUCGCUCGCUCGCUCCUCGCCUCGCUCUCCCCUUUAAACGCCCACUUCGGAUGGGGAAAGAAGACAACUUGAAGUCAAGUUGCAAUUAACUUCCGCGGCAGCCGCAGCUCGGCGGCGGCGGCAGACGAGGCAGUAGCCGCCGCCUCGGAAGUCCGACGCCGGCGCGCCCGCCCGGGGAGCUGUUCCUGGUCUCGGGCCCGCACUCGACAGCCACCGCUGCCCCCAGCGCUCAUGCCUGAGUGAUCUUUAGACAGUGACUGAGUAUGGAUCAUUUGAACGAGGCAACUCAGGGGAAAGAACAUUCAGAAAUGUCUAACAAUGUAAGCGAUCCGAAGGGUCCACCAGCCAAGAUUGCCCGCCUGGAACAGAACGGGAGCCCACUAGGAAGAGGAAGACUUGGGAGUACAGGUGCAAAAAUGCAGGGAGUGCCUUUAAAACACUCGGGCCAUCUGAUGAAAACCAACCUUAGGAAAGGAACCAUGCUACCAGUUUUCUGCGUGGUAGAACAUUAUGAAAACGCCAUUGAAUAUGAUUGCAAGGAGGAGCAUGCGGAAUUUGUGUUGGUGAGAAAGGAUAUGCUUUUCAACCAGCUGAUAGAAAUGGCAUUGCUAUCUCUAGGUUAUUCACAUAGCUCUGCUGCCCAGGCCAAAGGGCUAAUCCAGGUUGGAAAGUGGAAUCCAGUUCCACUGUCUUAUGUGACAGAUGCCCCUGAUGCUACGGUAGCAGAUAUGCUUCAAGAUGUGUAUCAUGUGGUCACAUUGAAAAUUCAGUUACACAGUUGCCCCAAACUAGAAGACUUGCCUCCUGAACAAUGGUCGCACACCACAGUAAGGAAUGCUCUGAAGGACUUACUGAAAGAUAUGAAUCAGAGUUCGUUGGCCAAGGAGUGCCCCCUUUCACAGAGUAUGAUUUCUUCCAUUGUGAACAGCACUUACUAUGCAAAUGUCUCAGCAGCAAAAUGUCAAGAAUUUGGAAGGUGGUACAAACAUUUCAAGAAGACAAAAGAUAUGAUGGUUGAAAUGGAUAGUCUUUCCGAGCUAUCCCAGCAAGGUGCCAACCAUGUCAAUUUUGGCCAGCAGCCGGUCCCAGGGAACACAGCCGAGCAGCCUCCGUCCCCCGCGCAGCUCUCCCAUGGCAGCCAGCCCUCUGUUCGGACCCCUCUUCCAAACCUGCACCCUGGGCUGGUAUCAACGCCUAUCAGUCCUCAGCUGGUCAACCAGCAACUGGUCAUGGCCCAGUUGCUGAACCAGCAGUAUGCAGUGAACAGACUCUUAGCCCAGCAGUCCUUAAACCAACAGUACUUGAACCACCCUCCCCCUGUCAGUAGAUCUAUGAAUAAGCCUUUGGAGCAACAGGUUUCAACCAACACAGAGGUGUCUUCCGAAAUCUACCAGUGGGUACGUGAUGAACUGAAACGAGCAGGAAUCUCCCAGGCAGUGUUUGCACGUGUGGCUUUUAACAGAACUCAGGGCUUGCUUUCAGAAAUCCUCCGGAAGGAAGAGGACCCCAAGACUGCAUCCCAGUCUUUGCUGGUAAACCUUCGGGCUAUGCAGAAUUUCUUGCAGUUACCAGAAGCAGAAAGGGACCGAAUAUACCAGGAUGAAAGGGAAAGAAGCUUGAAUGCUGCGUCGGCCAUGGGUCCUGCGCCCCUGAUAAGCACACCGCCCAGCCGCCCUCCCCAGGUGAAAACAGCUACUAUUGCCACUGAGAGGAAUGGGAAACCAGAGAACAAUACCAUGAACAUUAAUGCUUCCAUUUAUGAUGAGAUUCAGCAGGAAAUGAAGCGCGCUAAAGUGUCCCAAGCACUGUUUGCAAAGGUUGCCGCAACCAAAAGCCAGGGAUGGUUGUGUGAGCUCUUACGCUGGAAAGAAGAUCCUUCUCCAGAAAACAGGACUCUGUGGGAGAACUUGUCUAUGAUCCGAAGGUUCCUCAGUCUUCCUCAGCCAGAGCGCGAUGCCAUUUACGAGCAGGAGAGCAAUGCGGUGCAUCACCAUGGCGACAGGCCGCCCCACAUCAUCCACGUUCCAGCAGAACAGAUUCAGAGCCCCUCUCCCACCACCCUUGGGAAAGGAGAGUCUAGAGGCGUUUUCUUACCAGGCCUGCCGACCCCUGCACCAUGGCUCGGUGCUGCUCCUCAGCAGCAGCAGCAGCAGCAACAGCAGCAGCCGCAGCCGCAGGCACCGCCGCCCCCGCAGCCGCAGCCACAGCCGCAGGCAGGGCCCCGGCUUCCCCCGCGCCAGCCCACCGUGGCCUCUCCAGCAGAGUCCGACGAGGAGAGCCGGCAGAAGACCCGGCCACGAACCAAAAUUUCAGUGGAAGCCCUGGGAAUCCUCCAGAGUUUCAUACAAGACGUAGGCCUGUACCCAGACGAAGAGGCCAUCCAGACUCUGUCCGCCCAACUUGACCUUCCCAAGUACACCAUCAUCAAGUUCUUUCAGAACCAGCGGUACUAUCUCAAGCACCACGGCAAACUGAAGGACAACUCCGGGUUAGAGGUGGAUGUGGCAGAAUACAAAGAAGAGGAGUUGCUUAAGGAUUUGGAAGAGAGUGUCCAAGACAAAAAUGCUAACACCCUUUUUUCGGUGAAACUAGAAGAAGAGCUGUCAGUGGAAGGAAACACAGACAUUAAUGCUGAUCUGAAAGACUGAGAUCAAAGUAUUAUUUUCAUUCAACAGUGCCACUGGUAUUUACUAACAACAUGAAAAGUCCACCUUGUAUCUGCUCAGAAAACCUUCGUUGUUCAUGGUUUGGCCAAUGAAUCUUCAGAAACUUGCACAAACAGGAAAGUUGGGAAAGGAUAGUACAGACUGCACUAAUCGUUUUACUCUGUUUUACAAACUGCUUGGCAGCCCAGGUGAAGCAUCGAGGAUUGUUUGGUAUUAGAAUUUGUGUUCAAGGGCUGCACCAGUGUGUGUGCCCACUAAGCAUGAUACCAGAGAUUUUUUUUAAAUUAUUAUUAUUCUGGAGCCUCAAACAAGCAUUAUAACUUCUGUGAUUAUGAUUUCCUUUCCUUUAAUUAUUUCUGUAACACUCCACACUGAUCUUUGGAAACUCGCCCCUUAUUUUAAAGAAAAAAAAAAAAAAAAAAAGAGUUUGUUACUCUAUUGUAUGUUACAAAAGAACUAUAGACUGUGGAAUGCAGUUUAAAGA